GAUUUAUACGCCAACAAAGAGCUUUAAAGGGUCUUGAGGAAACCUUUCCAUUUAGAAUAGUGUCUAAAACGACACCUCGGAGUAAAUUUAAACACCAGGGCAAAAACUUAUGCAUGGAAAACUAUGGCACUUUAAGAAAGAAAUAAAGACCAAACUAGAUGAAAGUAAGAUGAAAGGCCUGGAGAUUCCUUUCAAAAUGCCCCAGCUACAGAGAGCUAUACCGAGUGAUGUUCUACUUUGAGACAGAACUACAAAUCAGAGACUUUAUCCAGAAAUCAUAUACAUAGAUCAUGGAGAUAUUUGGGAAGCAUAUGUAAAAUGAGGGUUUCAAAUUCAGAAUAUGUAAAUUCCUACACCUCAGAACCAACAAACAAUGAAGGAACCCAUGCACAAAAAAAGGAACGUGUAUGAAUGUUUUCUGCAUAGAAGACACACAACCAGUGUGAGGUAAAUAUAUGCACGCUCAUCAUUGCUGCGGAGUCAAUAAGCACAGGAGAAGAUGGCCAGAGUCUGUAGUGAUCAGGAAAAUACAAGUCAAACCCAAAAUGAGAUACUGCUGGAGGCCCACUGGGAUGGCUGUCAUCAAAGUUAACAAUUUCUGUGUCAAACAUUUGUGGAGUCCCAGAAAUUGAGGUGGGGUUGAGGGUUCAGUGGUAGAAUCCUCAGCCUCCAUGUGCAGCAUCUGGUUUUGAUACCCCGCCACCACACCUCAGAGGUAGGUCAGUGGAGGCUUGCAUGAUCCAGUUCCUCACAUCUUCUCUCAAACCUCUCUUGGCUCAAUACAAGCACACGCAGCCAGCCCUUCUUGGGGAUUCUAUGGAAAAGUGAUUGUGUGUCAGUGGUAACUCACAUUAACAACAUGUCUACAAGAGUAUGUAGUGUUAGUGUUAUUUUCACAGUAUGGUAGGAGGCAAGAGAAACAUGCAUCAGUUUGGAUUGAGCCACGUAUAGAAACUCAAACCUGUUUCCAUGGAGUCCACUCUGACCUAUAGUGACCCUCUGAGACCAAGUCAACAGACUCCUGCCGCACAGCGUUUCCAGGGAUGUGCGUCCUCAUGGAAGCCGACUGCAACCCCUUUCUCCAGUGGGGCAGCUGGUCCCCGGCUUGGUGAACAGAGAGCCAGUCAAGUCUAGACAGUUGGAGACCAAGGACGGCCGUUUUGUACUUUCAUGAAAUUCCAAGCAAGGGUUUGUACUGUUCUGCCUGCCUGUGGACCAGACAUCAUUCACCUGCUUCCAGACUGCCCAGUGGCUCUGCCUGCACUAGCAGCCCUCUUCCUAGAGAGUCUCCUUGUGCUUAGAGAGCACAUUCACGUGCACCUCCAGAAGCUGUAGCCAGGAAAUGUUUCUCAAAACCUGGAUGAUGGAGCAAAGCUGUCCACUGAAAAUACAAUACAGUUCAUGAAAAAUGACACCUGGUCCUCUAUGGUAGGAGAGGUCUGUGAAUUGCAUGUCACUGAAGACCAGAAUAAAGACCAGACUGCAUGUGUGAGCAAGCAUGUGAUAGAGAAUGUCAGUGAAGUUAAUGAAGACUAUCAAUGUGGACAGUCCUUCAGCUGGGUUGUAGAUCUUUCCGUGCUCAGAAGAACUCCCAUGGAAGCCUAUUCUUCAUCAUAUCUUCAGUGUGUUAAAUCCUCCACGGAUCAUUCAUCACUUACACAUCAUAUCAGCUCUCACUUUGAAUAUGGUACCUACCAAGAUAAGGGAUGUGAAGAUGUCUGCAGUUGGCCACCUUACCUCAGGACAUCAGUGCAGACUCUUACUGGAAAGAAACCCUAUGAAUGUAAAGAAUGUGGCAAAGCCUUUCGCUAUCCCUCUCACCUUCGAACACAUAUGAGAAGUCACAAUGGAGAAAGGCCUUAUGAAUGUCAGGAAUGUGGGAAAUCCUUUGUCCAGUCUUCAUCCCUCAAUAGUCAUAUGAGAACUCACAGUGGAGAGAAGCCAUAUGAAUGUCAGGAAUGUGGGAAAGCCUUUCUUCAGUCUUCAGGCCUUAUUGCACAUAUGAGAAGUCACAGUGGAGAGCGGCCCUAUGAAUGUCAGGAAUGUGGGAAAGCUUUUGUUCGGUCUUCAUCCCUCAAUAGUCAUAUGAGAACUCACAGUGGGGAGAAGCCAUAUGGAUGUAAGGAAUGUGGGAAAGCCUUUAGUGUGUCCUCAAAUGUCAUUCAACAUAUGAUAAUUCACAGUGGAGAGAGGCCUUAUAAAUGUAAAGAAUGUGGCAGGUCCUUUUCUCAUUAUUCGUCCCUCAUCAGACAUAGGAGAGUUCACAGUGGAGAGAGGCCCUAUGAGUGUAAGGAAUGUGGCAAAACCUUUCGUUGGUCCUCAGACUUCUCUGCGCACAAGCACACUUGUAGUACAGAGAAGUCUUAAGGAUGGUUUGCCACAUACUGAUGCUUCAAAUUAAAAUUUCCUUGAAGUCUCUCCUAAGAGAAAGCAUCUCAGAGAGUAAGAAGGCAACAGAAAUGCAAAAUAAGGGAUCAUGAAAAUUACUUUGUGCAUUUGGGAAAAACAGUUUCAUUGUAAGUAUACAUCUGCCUUGAUAAGUGGCUAAUUCUUCAGUAUCACGAGCAGCUGUGCAGAUGUGUACUUUCUCAGAUCACACUAAAUUUUACCUAAAAUCUUUUUGUGUCACAAGUAAGGACUUAGCAAGCAGCCUUGAACAUAUGUGAAUUCAUGGUUUUAAAUGUUAAAUUAUAUUAAAUUGCAAUAAAAUGUGCUGAUGUUGUAUUUGGAA